GAGAAGAACCUCCCCGCCUCCUCGGGUAACAAUUAAGAUUGGACAGGAACCAUGCCUCCAAAGCGUAAAGCAGCUGUCCAGACUCGGGCUGCCAUCAAGGGCAAGAAGGUUAAAAAGGAACCAGAGGUCAAACCUGAACCAGAGGUCAAACCUGAACCAGAGGAAGACAAUUUCCAGUCCACCGUGGCAGCACUGAAAGCAGCUCCCAAGGAGAAGUCCAAGGCCAAAGUUGAUACUGCCUGUCAGCUGAGUCAUGACGACAGUGCCCAGAUUUACCAGGACUAUGACUGUAUGCUGAACCAAACCAACAUUGGCCAUAACAACAACAAGUUCUACAUCAUCCAGCUGAUAGAGCAAAAUGGGAACUACAGUUGCUGGAACCGCUGGGGCCGUGUGCAUCCUUGCGGAAAAAACAUUAAGCCCAUGUUCAGAAGUAGCCCAAAUGAAAAAGUCAAUCAGGUAGACGAUGUGGAUGGAAUGAAGUCAUUUAAACAAAAGAUACUGCCUUGCGCUUUGGACAAGCAAACCCAGAAUCUUAUGACACUCAUAUUCAGCAAUGACAUGUUUAAAGAAGCCAUGCAGACCAUGAAUAUAGAUGUGAAGAAGAUGCCAUUGGGAAAGCUGAGUAAACAGCAGAUUGCCAAGGGCUUUGAAGCUUUGGAAGCUAUUGAAGAAGCUCUAAAGAAGCAACCACACUCCCAGAAGCAGCUGGAGGAACUUUCAUCUCGCUUUUAUACCAUUAUUCCCCACAACUUUGGUCGUAAUCGCCCUCCAUCCAUCAAUACACAAGAAGUUGUCCAAGCUAAGAAGGAUAUGCUCCUGGUGCUAGCAGAUAUUGAACUGGCCCAGAGUCUACAAGUCCAGAAGAAGGAGGAGGAGGAAGAGGAAGAGAAGGAAAUGGUGAAAGAAGUUCUGCACCCGCUGGACAAGGAUUAUGGGCUUUUGAAGUGUGAGCUCACCUUGGUGGGUCAAUCAUCUGAGGACUAUAAGCUGAUUGAAACCUAUGUGAAGAAGACAGGUUCCACUUACCAAAAGCUUCGUAUCAUGAAUAUUUGGAAGGUGAACAGAGAGGGUGAGAACCAUCGUUUUAAGACUCAUGAUGACUUGGAAAAUCGGCGUUUGCUCUGGCAUGGGACUAACAUAGCUGUUGUUGCUGCCAUCCUGAAGAGUGGCUUGCGCAUCAUGCCUCAUUCUGGUGGCCGUGUUGGCAAGGGAAUUUACUUUGCUUCUGAAAACAGUAAAUCAGCAGGUUAUGUGGGCACUACCUCCAAACGGGAGGGAAUCAUGUUCCUGAACGAAGUGGCCCUGGGCAAGGUAUGUUACAUCACUCAAGACGACUGUUCAUUGUGCAAGGCCCCAGCGGGUUACGAUAGUGUCCAGGCUUGUGGCCAUACCGAACCUGACCCUGCAUGUGAUAAAGAGCUUAUCCUGGAUGGGAAAAAAGUGCUGAUACCACAAGGAAAGCCCAUUGUUAUGACUAAGUACCAAAACAGCCACUUCAGCCAGAGUGAGUACUUGGUCUACCAGGAGAGUCAAUGUUGCAUCCGCUAUCUGAUUCAGCUCCAUUUUUGAGGCUUUUCUUGGGCUGUUUUUUCUGCUAGAUUCCACUCAUUUGCUGGCCCUCAUCUUUUCAGUGCUAAGUGCCUGUCUUCAGUACCUACCUUGAGUUGGUCAGCUAUACUCCCCAGUUCUCCAUCCAGAGUUCAUUCAGUAAUCAUGGCUCCUAGUUCUGCAGAGUAGAGCGUAAUGCAACUACCUUGUUUUGAAUAGUAUGCUGGCUUCCGUAACGCAGGACUUGAUGAUGCCCAGCAAAACAAAGAUGAAAUCAUUGCCGGAUUGCUGCUGUAAAGGGUAUUGUGACAAGGGCUAAUGACUUUUGGAAACUUUUUGGAUUUGCAUGGUCUGAAAAUAAA